CAAGUGAGUGACGCUACUCGGAUCCUGUAUGCGCGUUUCGUAGACGCACCAUACAUCGAUAGCGCGAGACUAAAUUCCUAGCUAGGGAAGUCUGUUUCCCUAUUUGACGCACUAUUCGGACAUUAGCCAGAAACCUAGCUGGGUUAGAUAUUUCGUUACCAUAGUAGCUCAUUAAAUUGUUGCGGACAUGAUAAUAGCAUGCAUCACAUACUCCCAAAGUAUUCCCUAACAUAAUCAGUUUUAUUCUACUUUCAAAACUAAACUUCCUAUAUUGUGUUACCACAAUGGCUAUAGCGAAUCUAAACUGUCUGUUCUGUACAACAGACACCAUUAGUAAAUAGCAGGUACACAAAAGCUACUCUGCAUGUAGGAAUUACAGUUUAUGUGCUCGCAAUAAUUUCCGGUUUGUAUACACAAGGUGAAUUACGAUGUUACAAAAAAGUUCAGAGUCUAAUGGAUUUCACCAUUAGAUGCAAUGCAAUAGUAGCCGUACCUAAGUUGUUCACUCCAGUAAUUGACAAUAGACAAUAUUUUAGAUAUAAUAGAUCAAAGUAUGCAUUGACGCUAUAACCAAAGCGGCUUUUUACAAUUUCAGAUGUUAUUGUCUUGUAAUAUCUUUUAUUCGAGUAAGUCCGACUCAACUGUGCCACAUUUAUUCAGUCACAUUGAAAAGUUCUAUAUUUUGUGAUGUUAUUCCAAUUUCGCGAAUGGUGUCUAAAUUGCAUGUUGUUGCUGUUCUCUUCAUUUAAGUCAUCAUUAUUUUUCUCGAGAAAACUUAUGCCGAGACCAAACGUUCCUGAAUAUGCUUGUUGACCGACUGAUUUUGCCAAUCGAAAAGCUUAUCAAAGCUCCUCGUUUAGCAGCUCUAAACACUACCCAUGAAGAAGUGGAACAAGCUUUACUUGGAAGUAAAAUCGUUUGUAUUGAAGACAUGAAUGCGGGAAUGCGUGGUGUUCGCCGCAUUGAUGGUUAUCCCGGUUUGUCUACGAAUCUCGAUACUUCGACAAGUGUGCAACCUGGGAGUGGAUUAUCGACUUUUGACGUGUCUCAAAACUUAACCUCAUUGAUUGGUUCUUUCUCUCUCCAAUCACCAUACUUGCCUGAUCAGCGAAUCACUACAAGUCCUCAGCCUGUGGUUGUGAUGAGAACUUCUGGUCCAGACAAGUUCCGAUCCGAUGGUGUCAUAAGAUCUGGACACACGAAUCUUGAAACAAACAAAGAACCUCUACAAACAAAUACUUUAGUUCAAACCCCGGUAUCAACGAAUGUUUGCAUGUCACCUGGGUCUCAUCAAAUGUCUAUCCCACUGUUGUUACCUCUAUGCGAUGUCGAGAACAAUAGUGUUCACAUAGAUUGUACAAGCACAGCAGGAUCUUCAAUGGAUACUACCCCUUGGGUAUUCCAGCAGCCUACAAAACAGUAUAAUCCAUAUUCUCGUGUUUCACAUGUGAUAGUUCCUCAGUCAACAAAUCAGCUGAGUCCAACAGAGUAUAAUAAAAAUCAACCAGUCGGAUGGAAUUUUCAUCAGCGCCCACAUCUCUCAGCUUCAAACAGCACAUAUUCAGGUAUAGUACCAAUACGACGUCAAGCACAUUUGCCAAAUUAUUUUAUUCGUCAGACGGGGAAUGUCACAGAGCCAUAUUCUUCCGUAUUUUCAAUACCACAAACGAGUAACAAUAAUCAGCCUUUCAAUCUAGCUAUAGCAGCUGCUUUAGCAUCAAUGACUACAAGCACCAGUAACAAUAUUAAUUCAAGUCAUUAUGGACAUCAACCGCAGUAUUUUUCCAACCAGUUUUUAACCAACUCUUCAAAUAUCAAUCCAAUAGGUGCUAAUCAACAACGACCGUCAAAUGCACUUUUGAAUCACCUCCAAGCAGUAGCUGCUAUGUCAGCUGUAGCGCAACACCCAAAUGCAACACCUUAUUUUCAGAAUCCAGUAUCUCAAACUAAUCCCUUUCAUAUGUCUACUCCUGUCCCAUUGCCAGCUUACUAUACCGCUUCACAGCUGUCGUUACAAUCUACUAGCAUGCGAAACUCUUCACAGCGUUUACAACAAAAUGUAUAUCCGAUGCAAAGCUAUAACUACCAAACAAUCCAAAAUGCUUCAGUCCCUGAGAUAUCAGAUAAUUUAAGAUCAGAUAGGUAUGGCUUAGCGGUUUCAAAUCUCCCACAACAUACAAAUAACUUUAUUUAUCCCAUAGUGUUGCAACCACCUGUGCAUAUACAACAGAGAUUACCCACGCAUAUGAAUAGUACAGGGCUGCAAAUCCAAAACUCUGCUCAGUCCAUACGUGGAGCGCUCAAUUCAAUAGGUUUGACGCCUAUACCCAUUAACUUCACAGUCAUUAAUACAAAUGACUCUACUUCAGUAUCCCAAAAUACGAUGCUGAGGGAGUUAUCAACAAUUUCAGACAUAAAAGGUAAUCUUGAUAAAAAUGCAGCCGCAGACAAUAUAGCGAUUGAUGCUGGAGUGCAUGUAUCCCCCACAUCUGAAAAUCCAGUGGAUAAUGGAUCCUCCGUGUUACCAGAAGUAAUUUCAUCGACGGAAGAUUCUUGCGCAGUUAUCUGCGACAAUCAGUCUCAUAAACUUCCCAAACAAAUUGACAAAAUGACCUCCCCUGGUUCAGUUCAUGAUUCUGAGGAUUCGGUUAGUUCUGGGAUAGGAGAUAUGACUGCCACUAGCACUGGUGAUAAUGAUAGUCGUAACAAUUCCUCAUGCACACCAACGGAACCAACUAGUAUUGUUCCGAAAUCUGAAUACGUACGAAACAAGUCGUCAACACGAAUUAAAGAAAAACUUACUGGUACAUGAAUCGCCUAAAUAACGAAUUUCAUAACUGUUUCGUCAUCAAAUGAAAUCGAAAGUGAUUAUCUAAUAUCAUGCAGUCAUUUGUCCCAGGUAAUUUUACACUGCUUAUUGGGUAGGUGAGUGGAAGAAACUCAUCAGCAAAAAUAUACUGUGCUUAUCAGUUGCCUUUUUCAUCGUUAGAAUUAAAGCGAUGGAAAGUAAAGAACCGUAACUGCUGGCCGCCUCAUCCCGCAUAUUCGCGAACCUCCGUUCCGAUCACAACCAUGCUGUCCGUUUUCAUUACAAAUGCUUUAUUCUUAGUCGGAAAAUACUGUGAUUACAAGCCACAUUACGGUCACCACUUUAUGCUGUCUAAACUGCCUUUUAUUUUGAAGAUUUCUUAGUUAUUCAGUUUUUAUUCCAUCCUAUUUGUAUAUAUGAUUUAUUGCUAGUAAAUACUUAUCUAUACACUAUCGCUUUACUUCAAGCUUUCUUAGGUGUAAUAAUUUUGAGAAGUAUAAUUUACAUUAUACAUUUUAUCAUAAAUAAGAGGAACAAAUUAUCCUACCUCACCGUUUCUGUAUAUCCCAGAUAAGCGCCUUAGGUACAGAUUUUCGUAGUUACAUGCAAAUAGGAGUUUAAAAGACUAGAACUAUACCUACAUCAAAUUAUUUGUUUUUCUUUGUCCUUAUCCUUGCUCUCCUUGGAAUCAUUACCUUGGGUUGCAAAAGCACUUUAAUCUACCGUUUAUUUUGAGAUAUUCCCUUCUUAUUGCAACUUUUAAGAAUAACUUCUUGGUUUCGAAAUUCAUGAAUUAUGCAAGAUAUUUUAUAAAAUACAUGUGCAUUUUCUUAGUAAGUAAUAAAGCUAACCAUUUCGUUGCAUUUUGUGUAGUACAAAUAAAC